AUGCGCUCAGGCACUAUGGGCCUUCUCCACACGACCCGCUACGAUGGCAGUGUGGAGCCCGAGCUCCAUUCUCCUCCUCAAGACGAUGCUCUAUUCGAGGCUGUCUGUUCGGUUUUUUUUUUCGGCCAUCCUCGGGGUGCAUGGACCUCCCCGCGUAGCCGCCUUCGGCUUAGCCGCGCCGCGGGGACCUCCGCGGAUGGCGAGGGCGAACCAGAGCAAGGGGGCGACGAGCUGACAGCGAAGAAAGAUGGCGCGACUACGUGGAUCGAAGAGGAAUCGCGCGAUCGCGACCGUUUUUUUCGAGGCUCGCAUAUCAUGACCGGCAUGCAGCCGAGUGGGCGCCUGCACCUGGGCAACUUCUUCGCGGUCGUUCGGCCUCUGGCGACUCUGCAACAGUGCGAAGCCUCAGUCACGUGUCUGAUCGGCGACCUCCAUGCCACUUUCGGCAAAAUCUCGCGGAGACUCCACAGCGGCGCGCGUGGCCAAGAAGCUGCGGCAUCCGCGGGCGACGAGGCCGUUUUUUCCUUGGCUGGCGCGAGCGGCGGUGGGCGACGAGGAGAUGCUGCGCGGUCGCCCUCGGGGUCCUUCGCCGCUGACGGAGCCCACAGCGCCGGAUCUGCCGAGAAGCUGAGGUCGAUCUCGGAGGACACGCUCGACGCAGUAGCGAUUCUCCUCGCUUCCGGGAUGAGUCCCGCCCUGGGCGACCAUCUGCAAGAGACAGGCACCUGCGGAGAGCCUGGAAAAACAGUCGUCGCCGUUCAGAGCUUGGUGCCUGAACACACGAUGCUCGCCACUCUCCUCAUGGGGUGCACGCCCCUAGGCUGGCUGGAACGCUGCACAGGGGCUUCUGCCAAUAUUCGGCGUUUGAAUGAGGAUGAUGCAACAACUAAGGGUAGCGACGGAGAAGACACUCCGUGGCAGCGGGAAGGACGAGCGGAUGUCGGCAUGCGGUUCUACCCGCUAUUGAUGGCGGCUGAUAUUCUUGCCCACGAUGCCGAUUAUGUUCUCGUCGGAGACGACCAGUGUCAGCACGUCGAGUUUACACGGCAGGUUGGAAAGCGCUGGAACAGCAUGUUCCUUCCUCAGCGGCCGCAAGAGGAUCGGCGCCGCUCUGCAGAAGGCCGUACGGACCCAGGCAGGGCUCUGUUGCCUGGAGACCGCAGCUCCAUCCGGGGGCGGCUGGCCAGCUGGACGGGUUUGCGCCUACCCCGGAUGCUGGGCUACAGUCGCCUAUCUUCAAGAAUCGGAGAUUUACAAAACCCCACAAAGAAAAUGAGCAAGAGUAGCUCUGAAAGCAUACCUGGUCAAGUAGCUAGCUCCAAGGGAUGCGUGUUUCUGCUCGACCCGCCGGAUGUUAUCGCUGCAAAGAUCGCUAAGGCGAAGACGGAUACAAUACGAGGCUUAUCGUACAACAUGGAAGGCGAGCUGCGCCCUCGGAAAGGCCGCGCGGACGAGCCGAGCUCGACUGAAUAUCGGGCAGCAUGCCGAAACCUUUUGCAUCUCUGGAGUGUCAUCACAGGCCAGGCACCUCAAGAUGCAGCGAAGCGGUUUUCCGACGCACCUUGGGAAUGUUUCAAGACGGAGCUAACCGAGAGGCUUAUUGAUUUACUUUCUCCUCUACAGAGGCAAGUCUUUGUUUGUGAUACUUACAAGUGCUGGGCAAUAGUCUUGUUGGGGACGAGUUUGUGGAGGAACUCCUAA